AGUCUUCAAAUCCAGUGGUUUAAGUGUAACACGGGCCGGUGGCAGAGUGAUAGGUUUGUACCAGCACGUGAAGCUGUCGAGGAGAAGCGCAGGCGCAACUCGUGGCCUAAACCUACCAAAAGCUGUGAUCUAUGGGACAGCAAUUACUUGCAACAAAAGAAACACGCAAUCCUCCUCUAUAGCGUGUUAGGGAUCAAUGAUGAAUUAAGUAAAUAUCAACAAAAGUGCCCAGCUUGGCCGUGUGCGCCGCGACAGAGGAAAUAUCUCUCCCCUGCCGACAGUAUCCUAGACCUGCCUCGCUACGGUGGGGCUGAUUUUCCAGAACUUCUUGAUUGGGGCAGCGAUAAUGUGCUUGUGGCAGCCCUAGGACGCAUUUACUAUAAAUGGAGUUGGAAAACGCAAAACAUCAUAAAGCAAUCGAGAACUACUCACCAAACUAUGUGCUGUAAAUUCCAUCCCAAAGCUGAGUAUCUUGCGUUGGGAACAACUGGCAGCAGAGCUGAAAUUCACGACAACGAGCUAUCUAAAUGCAUGAACUACAGUUACUGCAAAUGUCAUGAGGUUUUAGAACAGAAUACUAAGUGCGCCAUCACAGCCUUCGAAUGGAGUCCAACGGGCAAUUCUUAUGUUAUGGGCUGUUCAGAAGGUAGAAUAAGAUCGUUUACUAACGACUACAAAUCAUUGGCACAGAAAAAAAUAAGUAAAGUUGCAAUAUUGCUGCUUCGAAUAUCUCCGGAUGCUCGAUUUAUCGCCGUGACGUCAGUGCUGCAAGAUAAUAUAUACCUUCUAUGCUGGCCUUCUUUUGAACUAUACUCGUCACUGGGAUCGCCUACUUGGACUGUUAAAGCAAUGAAUUGGCAUCCGUGGCGCAGCGCUCUGCUGGGCGUUGGGACGGUGACCAAAGACAUCAACGCUCGUAUCCUCAUGUGGGACGUGCCCGCCGGCAGUAUCUCGAAUUAUGGACUCAGCGAUAAAAAUUAUUAUCUCGACACCAUGCGAUUUAAUCAUAGAAGUGGAGAACUCGUUAUUAGCUUGUUCGAUCCUAGUGUGGCAUUCGGAAAUUCUCAACUGGUGGUGUUAAGUGAUCACAAUACAGCAGUGGACCACUGGGGCGACGGCAGAAAGUUUCCGGAUCGAGUCCGAUACAUGAUCUUCAACCCUGAAGGAACAUUACUAGCUUCAGCGACAUCAGCUGAGGAUUUAAUUAUUUGGAAAUUCCUUCCAGAAGAUAAAAAGAGGAAGAACAAAUCCUAUAAAUUCACGACGAUGCCCGUCUACUUAGACAUUACCACUAUCGGUUACUCAGUUAGAUAA